AUGGCAGGCUCAAUUUGGAAGCGCUACCCAGCAGCCACGGGCUGCUAUGUGCCCUUGAUGUACAGAACAACGAACGGCUUGCAGCGAUUGAAGACUGCUGAAGAGCGUGAAGGCAUUGCCAACCGGGCGCUCAAACUUUUGAUGCACGCCGACCUUCUGACACCAGACACGAUGCCGACGCUUCGGGAAGCUGUAGAGUGUGUAAGCCUUGGGCUGUGCAAUGUUUCAAAUUAUAGCCAAGCCCAAAGUCUCCUUGCUCAAGAUGGGCAAAGCAAGACGUAUCGGGAUGACCUCAUUUUCCAGUCUUCACCCGCUUUGGCACACAUGCUGUUGGCAGCUUUCGAUGUGCCGGAGGUAGUCCCGCAGGACGGGGAUUCGCUGGAGGCAGUCAUAAUGGAAGCGGAAAGACGCUUCUCAGAGGUGCUGACGGGCCGGAAGGCCAUCGCUUUGACUCUACCGCAUGCGCUGCCUCCGCAGCUUAACCAGCAGAACAUGACAGGCCUGCCGCUAGAACAGUUUAAGGAGAUUCUGGCAGCAUUGAAUGCCAGCCAGACAGUGGUGCUGCGCAAUGGGCCCAGUGCUCAAGGUGCUGACAUUAUCGUUCUUCGGAGGAAGCAUGGAAGCAAUAUGCCCUUGGUUCGCCUGAUACAGGCGAAGAACAAAAACAAGAAAGCAGAUAUGCUUCCAGCUAUUUCAACACUGGGAGUCACAUGCAGCAACAAAACAGUCACAUGUCGCGCCUGGCAUCGAGCUGCACAAGUUCUUGGAUGGCUGUGCCGACUUGUGUCAGAGCAAGCUGGCCGUAAUGCGUUCGAGCUUGGGAAGUUCAAGCAGCCCAGGACUAAUGUUAGCGUCUCCGUCGAGCUGGUGCUUUGGGAGAGUAUCCCCCGCAACGAGGCUCCUCCUACUUUGAGUCGACCAAAGUUUUUGCAACAGACUCCUACGUUCCGGCUGAGGAGCUUGCAACAUUUGGCUCCGUUUCCUACACAUAUAGCGCGCCCCGAUAGCAAGUAUGUUGCGCAGAAGCAGUGGCCAAAGAAGAGGAGGUCGGGAAAGCCGCCGGCAAAGAAAUCAUCAGCAAGCAAACGAUAG